AUGGCUAACACGCCUUCAAUUACCGAAGAGAUCUCCUCCAAUUUUUCGCCUACAAAGAGCUCUACUAUUGUAGAGGUCUCCCCUAAACUUCCACUGCCUACAAAAUUCUCCAUCAUGCAAGAGGAUAAAGCUAAGCGUUCACGAGAAAUUUCCAUUAACGAUGACAUCCCUCCAUCAAAUUUGCAAAAGUUAAACAUUGAUACUGUUGCAGAGCUUGUAGGUACAUACUUUCUUAUCUUUGCAGGUUGCGGGGCAGCUCUAGUGAACAAAGUUCAAACGCUAACUAUUGUGGGAAUAGCAUUAGUAUGGGGCCUAGUUCUGAUGGCAGCAAUAUACGCACUUGGCCAUAUCUCUGGUGCCCAUUUCAAUCCUGCUGUCACUCUAGCCUUGGCUGCUGCUCGCAAAUUUUCAUGGAAACUAGUACCUAUGUAUCUGUUGGCUCAAUUGCUAGGAGCAACUCUUGCUAGCCUGACCCUUCGGGCGUUGUUUCAUGAUCAAGGUAACAUCCAAGCAACAAUGACCCAAUACAAAGAUUCAACUAGUGAUCUUGAAGCCAUUACAUGGGAAUUCAUAAUCACUUUCAUAUUGAUGUUCAACAUUUGUGCUGUCGCAACUGAUCACAGAGCGAACAAACAUCUCACUGGAGUUGCAAUCGGUGCUACAGUGCUGUUUAAUGUCAUUAUAGCUGGGCCAAUUACCGGAGCUUCGAUGAACCCUGCAAGAAGUUUAGGCCCUGCUGUUGUCUCCGGUGUUUACAAAAACCUUUGGGUCUUUAUUAUAGCUCCUAUUCUUGGAGCAAUGGCUGCAACAUUGGUGUACAGUAUUCUUCGAGUACCUAAACCAGGAAAGCUUGAGGAGAACACCCAAAGCAUGUAUAAUGAACUUUAUAUUCACCCUGAAGUCUGAUCCAUAGGUAUCC